AGUUGCCCCAGAGAGCUUCAAAGCAUUGUCAGUGACCUAUAGUGAAGAAAAAAAAAUGGAUUCCAAAGCUCUCUUCUUCUUUGCUUUGUUGUCCUUCUCAGCUGUGUCGGUCAGGCCGGCCUUAGCAGAAAAUGAAGAAGACCCUGGUCUUGUUAUGAACUUUUACAAGGAUACAUGCCCUCAAGCUGAGGACAUUGUCAAAGAACAAGUUAGACUCCUUUACAAGAGACACAAAAACACUGCAUUUUCUUGGCUAAGAAACAUCUUCCAUGACUGUGCUGUUCAGUCAUGUGAUGCUUCACUGCUGCUGGACUCAACAAGGAGGACCUUGUCCGAGAAGGAGACAGACAGGAGCUUUGGCCUCAGGAACUUUAGAUACCUUGACGAUAUCAAAGAAGCUGUUGAAAGGGAGUGUCCUGGAGUUGUUUCCUGUGCUGAUAUUCUUGUCCUGUCUGCUAGAGAUGGCAUUGUUUCGCUAGGAGGACCUCAUAUCCCUCUCAAAACUGGAAGAAGGGAUGGCAGGAAGAGCAGAGCGGAUGUGAUCGAGGACUAUCUCCCAGACCACAAUGAAAGCAUAUCUGUUGUUCUUGACAGGUUUGCUUCCAUGGGUAUUGACACCCCUGGAGUGGUUGCCUUGCUAGGAGCUCACAGUGUUGGGAGAACUCACUGUGUGAAGCUGGUGCACCGUUUGUACCCGGAAGUUGACCCAGCACUCAACCCUGACCAUGUUGAGCACAUGCUUUACAAGUGCCCUGAUUCAAUCCCAGACCCUAAAGCUGUCCAAUAUGUGAGAAAUGACAGAGGCACACCCAUGGUUCUAGACAACAACUACUACAGAAACAUAUUGGACAACAAGGGCUUGUUGAUAGUGGAUCACCAACUAGCCAAUGGCAAGAGAACUAAGCCUUAUGUGAAGAAAAUGGCCAAGAGUCAGGAUUACUUCUUUAAGGAGUUUUCUAGGGCUAUCACCAUUCUUUCUGAGAACAACCCACUCACCGGUACCAAGGGUGAGAUCAGAAAGCAGUGCACUGUUGCCAACAAGCACCACUAGAAACUUUGAUUUGCUACAUGUCAAACUCAAGUACUUCUCUUCCUUGUUUACAACGAGGGAGAAGAGUCUGAGAUUUGCAGAAUAAGAUGUUUUCUUUAGAAAUGGGUGUUGUUACUGCUAGUCAGUGGCAAUUAAGAUAGUUGUGGUAUUAAUGUUGGUUUAACUGCCCUGUUUUUAGCCUGGUUAGGCCCGCUCCUCUUGUUGUUUGGUUUGUGAGAUUAAUGUUGGUGAUGGUCAUGGUGGGAUGAUGGGAUGUAUGUAUAGAUGGUAGAUGGUGGCGAUGGUGUGUGAUGAUCCAUGUGUUUUGAAAUGAUAAUAAAUUAUUGAUGAUUCA